AUGAAGACAACGGGCGUGGAUAUCGAAGAGAUAUUCACCGGAUUGGACCGUAUUCGCCUGCAAUACGGACUGCCGGUCUGGCAUGCUGAAGCUCAUGACCCCAAAUGUCGAAUUCAGUUUGCGCUUAGGUACUUGUUGGGUGUUGGAAAGACGGAUGGGGAAAGCACCGAGCGUUUGUGGAGCCUACUCAAUCCCGCAAGUUGGUCGACAAAGGAAAUGGGAGAAGGCGCCCGUCAUGAUGUCCUGGAGGACAAGAUCGACCUGAUUAAUUUUGAGAAAAACAGGAGCAUGGGGCGGACACUUGCAAGACGUUUGAUUGUCGCUGUAGCAGAGCGUCAAAGGCAGGGCAUUGAAUUCCAGGAGCUGGACGACAGCGUUCCUAAAAAAAAACGACGUGAAUGGGCCAAGAUGAUGGAUGCCUGGUAUAAGGAUAACACCCAGACGAAUCCAUUUGAAGUCCAGGGUGGGAAGCUCGCCGGGCCUAGUGAACGCGAAAUAAGUGAAGAGUUGAAACGAGCUGAGGUGGAAGAUGCACGAGCCGGAAUCAAACCUUUGCUGGAAGGUAAAAUGACCAUAACAGCGUUCAUCAGAGCGGGUAUGCAGCUUCAGGCCAUCCAGCGUCGUAUACGGACUGCUCUGAAGGCAAAAAAGUCAGCAGAUCAAGCGAGCCAGAUACAAGAAUUACGUCUAUCUCUGAUCAAACAAAUGCGCACCUUCGAAAAAACUUCAACUAACUUACAUGCCUGGGGUUCAGGGUCUUCGCGACGCAGCGGGUAUAAAUUGGACGCGGAGGACGCGCAACCGAAAACGCAAAAGCUUUAUCUUCCGUCACAGUUAACCGCGGAAGAGUGUCGACAAGUCAGCAUGGCGGACUUGAUUGAGACCGAAGCGAAAUUGCGUCGGGGACAGUGUGCAGAUGCACUGGCUGCCUUACGAGGGAGGCUUCAUUCGAAGCAACACAUGAUUUGGUUUCGCGGGGAAAACAUGGUGGGGCAACGUGCAAGAACGCGCUCCGUCACUCUAAUGGCUCGGAUGGAAGAAGGUGCAAACGUUACGCUCCCGAAGUUUCAAAAAUUGGACAAGGCCCAUUUCAACACUCGUAUCGAAAUCGAGAGUGACGAAGAUGCAGCAAGAAGCUUACGAACAGCAGACGGAUCGCGACCUACGAGAGAGGAGACUGCUGCAAAAAAAGAGAAAACCAAGACGGCGCCAAUUUCCUGGAUUUGGGCAGCAGGCGGGCAGGCCGACGGGGUUGAACUUCAUGACUCUAUGCGUGUCGAGUGGGCAAAAGCACGUGCACGGAAGGAACGCUGGAACGAGGAGGUUGAAUUGUUGCGAGAGGAGAUGAAGCGGGUCAUGCGAUCAUUGAAGUGGGAGGCUUCAGAAUGGCAAAAACGAGCCGACGAAGUUCGUUCAGACGUUGAUGGAACGACGGCGGCUGGAAUCCGAGCUUAUGCGCUGCGUAACGUGUACCUGCAUACUGAAUUUAUAGUGCGCUUUCGAGAGGAGUGGGACAAAACAAUGGGAGCUGCUGUCCGUCAUUGGGCAGCAGAGGAGGAGCGGGAAAUAUUAGAGGGAACAUUUAUGGCAGAGGGAAUGUAG